CUCUUUUUUUUUCCCGCCCUCAAGCUCGGUGCUUAGAAGAAAGAAAAAAAAAAAUCGGAUGCGAAGAUCGGAAGUUGGAGGAGUCGGAGUUGCGCUUUGUGUGUGUUGUGCCCGGUGCUCUGGAUGCGAGGUGCGGGGACCGGAUGUCCGCAUGCGGCGUGCGGCAGCGCUUUCACUGGAGCAUAUAAGCGCGUGCCGGAGCGAGCAUGAUCGCCGUGUCGUUCAAAUGCCGAUGCCAGAUUUUGCGGAGAGUGAACAAAGAUGAGGGGCCAUACACCAAGCACUCCAACCCCUCCAGACCUCCGGAUGGAGCACUGGCCAUCAGAAGACAAAGUAUCCCAGAUGAGUUUAAGGGCUCCAGCAUGGUGGAGCUGAUGAAGAAAGAGGGCACCACCCUUGGCCUGACCGUUUCGGGCGGCAUCGACAAGGACGGCAAGCCGCGCGUCUCCAACCUGCGGCAGGGCGGCAUCGCAGCCAGGAGUGACCAGCUGAACGUCGGGGACUACAUCAAGUCGGUGAACGGCAUCAACCUGACCAAGUUCCGUCACGACGAGAUUAUUAGUCUGCUGAAGAACGUGGGCGAGAGAGUCGUGCUGGAGGUGGAAUAUGAGCUGCCACCUGUUUCCGUUCAGGGUUCAGGUGUAAUGUUCAAGAAUGUCGAGGUGACGCUUCACAAAGAGGGGAACACAUUCGGAUUUGUUAUCAGAGGAGGUGCCCACGAAGACAGGAACAAAUCUCGCCCUGUUACCAUAACAACAAUCAGACCUGGUGGCCCCGCUGACAGGGAAGGUACGAUCAAACCGGGAGACCGGCUGCUGAGCAUCGACGGUAUCCGUCUGCACGGUACAUCCCACGCAGAGGCAAUGAGCAUUCUCAAGCAGUGCGGCCAGGAAGCAACACUCCUCAUCGAGUAUGAUGUGUCCAUCAUGGACUCUGUAGCCAGUGCUUCUGGUCCUCUUCUGGUGGAAGUGGCCAAGCCUCUGGGCUCCAGUCUGGGAGUAGCUCUGUCUACCUCCAUGUACUGCAACAAGCAGGUCAUCAUCAUCGACAAGGUCAAGCCAGCCAGCAUCGCUGACAGGUGCGGGGCACUGCAUGCCGGUGAUCAUAUCCUGUCAGUAGACGGCACAAGCAUGGAGUAUUGCACGCUGGCUGAAGCCACACAACUCCUAGCCAGCGCCUGUGAGCAUGUCAAAAUGGAGAUCCUCCCCCAUCACCAGACUAGACUGGCCCUUAAAGCCUCAGAUCAAGUUAAGGUGCAGAGGAGCAACCGGCCAUUGCCCUGGGAGUCCGGCACAAACAACAACAGCAACUUCCUUCCCUACCAGCACUAUAACACCUACCACCCUGACCAGUCCCGCAGCCAGAACAAGCAGAAAUCUCCGAACAACCCUCCUCUAGGCUCAUCUUUCUCACCCACCUCCAUGAGUGCCUACAGCUUGAGCUCCCUGAACAUGAGCACACUGCCUCGCAACAUGUAUCCCACAAGCCCACGCAGCACACUGAUGCGGCGCAAACUGAAGAAGAAGGACUACAAGAGCUCACUGUCUUUGGCCUCCAGCACCGUGGGCCUGGCCGGUCAGGUGGUCCACACAGAAACCACUGAAGUGACGCUGGUCAGCGACUCCAUCAUGGGAUUUGGAAUUCAGCUCCAAGGAGGGGUGUUUGCCACCGAGACCCUCACGUCCCCUCCGCUCAUUGCAUACAUAGACCAUGACAGCCCGGCUGAUAGGUGUGGAGUCUUGCAGAUCGGAGACCGCCUCUUGUCCAUCAAUGGGAUCCCCACAGAGGACAGCACGCUGGAAGAGACCAACCAGCUGCUACGUGACUCCAGCAUCACCAGCAAAGUUACACUGGAGAUUGAGUUUGAUGUAGCAGAGUCUGUAAUCCCGAGCAGUGGCACCUUCCAUGUGAAGCUACCAAAGAAGCCAGGAGUGGAGCUGGGCAUCACCAUCAGCUCCCCAUCUAACAGGAAGCCGGGUGAUUCUCUCAUCAUCUCCGACAUCAAGAAGGGCAGCGUGGCACACAGGACUGGGACUCUGGAGUUGGGGGACAAGCUCUUGGCCAUAGAUAACAUCCGUCUGGACAACUGCUCCAUGGAAGACGCUGUACAGAUCCUGCAGCAGUGUGAGGAACUGGUCAAGCUCAAAAUCCGUAAAGACGAGGACAACUCAGGUGUCCUGGGUCUAGGCCGUGUUGAUAUGGACGCCCGUGUGCUGUUGGCCUGUGUUGCAGACGAGCAGGAGAGCUCCGGUGCCAUUAUCUAUACUGUGGAGCUGAAGCGCUACGGCGGCCCGCUGGGCAUCACCAUCUCAGGCACCGAGGAGCCCUUCGACCCCAUAAUCAUCUCCAGCCUCACUAAGGGCGGCCUGGCUGAAAGGACUGGGGCGAUCCAUGUUGGGGAUCGUAUCCUGGCCAUCAACAAUAACAGUCUGAAGGGGAAGCCGCUGAGUGAAGCGAUCCACCUGCUUCAAAUGGCUGGAGAAUCUGUUACUCUGAAAAUCAAGAAACAGGGAGACUUGGCAAGUCCUAAGCAGCCAUCAGUGACUGGGCAUCUGAGUGAACUGAGUGAUGCGGAGGAUGAGAAUCAGCAGAAAGCAGGGAAGCUGUCCGACAUCUACUCCACCACCAUCCCCAGCGUGGACAGCGCCGUCGAGUCCUGGGACGGCUCGGCUAUCGACGCCUCCUUCAGCCCUCAGGCCCCAACAGGUUUCCAAGCAUCAGGCUACAGUUUCCACAGCCAUGAGUGGAGGAAUGCCAAACUGAGUCGUGGCAGCGUCUCUCCGGGCAGCACUCAUCAGAAGAGCACCAUCCUGCAGGACUUGGGCCUCAGUGAUGAUGAAUGGGACAAACCCACUGCUAGCGGAGCCGCUACGCUGCCCACUGGCCUUAUCUCAGACAGCAGGUUCACCGUGGGACACGACGGCACGGAGCCGGAUCAGGAGGAGAACUUUUGGUCUCAGGCGCUAGAGGACCUGGAGACGUGCGGCCAGUCUGGGAUCCUCCGAGAACUCGAGGACAAGCCAAACAGGCUUCUGACUAAGAGAAACCUGGCCGUCUUGGCCACCAUAAUGUCUGGCAGUACACUGAGUCUGAACCAUGACCCGGCACCCGCACGGUGCCAACUGGGCAGACAGGCCAGCUUCCAGGAACGUGGUAGCAACAGGUCACAGUAUAACCAGGGCAACCGUAGCAACACACUUCCCACUGACAGUGGACGCAAAGCCUUCGCCAUGAGGAAGAUGCAGCAAGAGAUCAAGGACAUUGUGUCCCCAAACCCUGUGGAGCUCCACAAGGUGAGUCUGAGCAAAGCUUCAGAGCUGGAGGACUUUGGCUUCAGUGUGUCUGACGGACUCCUGGAGAAGGGGGUCUACGUCAAUAACAUUCGCCCGGGUGGGCCUGCCGAGGUGGCGGGGCUCAAACCGUACGACAGGCUGUUACAGAUCAACCAUGUCCGAACUAGAGACUUUGACUGCUGCUUGGUGGUUCCUCUGAUCGCAGAAUCGGGGAACAAGCUGGACCUGGUGAUCAGCCGAAACCCGGCCUCCGCCGCCACCUCUCCCUCAGAACUGAACCAGCUUUCCGGUGAAGAUCCUGUGGGCUGGACUGACCCGGCCGAGCCCCUCCCACAGGGGGCGGCCCAACAGAACUCCAGGCUGGCAGCGUCGGAGGGCAAAGACCCCAACAAGACAUUAUAGCAGAACCUCAUCCCAGCCCUCCCCAGCACAGGCUCAAGUGCUCCUCAUGGUGCUAAGUGAACUCCUCCCGACAUACACCACCCCCUCUGCUGGAGUGAGCCGGAGCUCUUCUGGCGUAUAGCACACACAGUCUCUUCCCUGAGCCACAGCAUGAGCCACACACACACAGACACACACACCGAGAGGGGUCCUCCCCACCCUGCUGCCUGUGUGAAAAUGACACUGGUGAUCUCGGACGGAGACAGACCAUACUGACCUCUGAGAAAAACGGUGGAAAAGUCAAAACUGAACCAGUGCCAUCCUUCAUUUUUAUUGCCAAUAAACGUUUUAAUGGAGAAAAAAAAAAAAGAAGCAAAGGGAAUCUUUAAGACGUUUACACAUGAUUAUGGACUGGCCGCUGUGUGUCUGGAUGUGUAUGUGUGUGUUUGUUGUGUGGGUGUGCGUCUGAGUAAACAGGACUCCCUCCCGUUACUCUUGGCCAGAGCAAUCUCCACAUUCUGUACUCUGUUUGUUCUAACCUCAGCUGGUCGCCGCGUCUCCUCCAGCCCUCCACUUGCUCUUUUCUUUUUUGUGUGUGUGUGUGUGUGUGUGUGUGUGUGUAUAGUGGAUUCUCCCGUAAUUUCUCACACGUGAUGUCUCACUCAGCAGGAAAAAAAAAAAAAAAAAAAAAGAGUUCAGCACAAUCUCAGUGGCGCGAACCUCAUUUUCCCAAAAUGCUAAAACGCUAGUCAGCCCCUGUGUGGGUUGGGUGGCACGAUGCAUGAGACAUUUUGUGAACUAUUUUGUAAAGGUAGAAGUCUGACUGUACAGAGGAAAAAAAUAAUACUCAAAAAAGAGGAACAAAACAUCACUAAGGUUCCAUGCAAAUGUUUGACAAAUCCUAAUGUCAUGUUGGAUUCUGAUCAUUUCACCAUGAUGUUAAAGAGGCGCUGCUAUCCUUAGGCACCUUGUCGGAGAACUGGACAAAAGUCUAUUUUUAAUAAUUAAAGCAAUUUGUUUAUCAGUGAGUAAGGUGUGAAAGCUUGAGCGGUGAAAUACAGUAGAUGCAUUAAGCAAUCAGCUUGCCUUGCUGUUCUGAGACGGAUAGGAAGAUAUCGUGGUUAAGAUGAUGUAUUUCGGUGGUUAAUGAUGAGGCUAUUUCGGAAACGUCUAUUCCUAAUCACAAAGCAAAGAGAGACCAAAUAUCCCAUCCGGGGCGUCCCAAAUCCGUCUCCUCUCACGCCUGAGCGGGGUCAGUGUCUAAGGGCCUCGAAGUGGCGCAGAGAAAAGUCAGACCCAUUAGCAAGGUAACACUUCAUCCAAAACAUGCGUUGUCAAUUUUUUGGGGGAAUCUUUGUAACCACCACUGUAAUAAUUAA